GGUACACAAAACUAUCUGUGUAACCUGCUCCGUCUCGCCCGGCAGAGAGUGUUUAGGGGAUUCCGCCGGAACAGUGAUAAAUAAAGAAGACGAAAGAACCUAGCACAAUAGUACACAAAUACGCCCCCCUACCUUACUAAAUGUUGAUAACCUCCCUUCCUGUGACGUGGUCUGUUCCUUCUCUAGCAUCCCCUUAUCAUAGGCGAAUUAAUCGGUACCCUACAAUGGCUUCUGCAAGCGUGAACAAGAUGAAUCCUAGUUUGGGAGUGAAGGCUACCGAAGGGAUUGGGAAUUUGCCCAAGGUUGUUUUGACUGCUUCUCAGGGAAGCGAGGCGGAGCUAUAUUUGUUUGGAGCUUGUGUUACAUCAUGGAAAGUUGGCGGGAAAGAUCUUCUCUUUGUUAGGCCAGAUGCCGUUUUUAAUGGGCAGAAACCUAUCAGUGGAGGAAUGCCACAUUGUUUCCCACAAUUUGGACCUGGCCCAAUUCAGCAGCAUGGAUUUGCGAGGAAUAUGAACUGGUCAUUUGUUAAAUCCGAAAAUGUAGUAGAAAAUCCAGUCAUUACAUUAGAACUGAAGGAUGGCCCCUAUAGUCGUUCUAUGUGGGAUUACAGUUUCCAAGCUUUAUACAAGGUUACUCUUCAUGAGAAGAUGCUUUCUACAGAAUUGCGAGUUACAAACACAGACCAAAAACCGUUCUCUUUCACUACCGCAUUGCACACUUAUUUUCAUGGCUCCAUUGAUAGUGUAUCAGUUAGAGGCUUAAAGGGUUGCAAAACACUGAACAAACAUCCCGAUCCUAGAAAUCCAGUGGAGGGUGAGGAGGAAAGGGAUGCUGUUACCUUUCCUGGCUUUGUAGAUUGCAUUUAUCUCGAUGCUCCUAAUGAGUUACAACUGGAUAAUGGUUUGGGUGAUACAAUAACCAUCAAGAAUACCAAUUGGUCGGAUACUGUUCUGUGGAAUCCACAUCUAACUAUGGAGUCAUGCUACAAAGAUUUUGUUUGUGUUGAAAAUGCAAAGAUUGGAGAGGUUGAGUUGAAGCCGAACCAAAGCUGGACAGCCGUUCAACAUUUAAGUGUUUCUUGAAGAAGAUCUGCUGCCUUUCUGUCUUUCCUUGUAUUGCUCCAGUUGUUAAUUCUCUUGGUUACUGUUUGAGUGUUCGGCAAUAAAGCAAUUUCAUGAUAUGAUUCAAGUUUUCCAUAUCAGUGCCCCACUUUUAAUGGUAUUUCAUAAUUUAAAUAUGGAAGAAGUAGAAAAUUUAGUGCCUGUUUGGUUAGUCUUAAAAUGAUUGAAUCUGCUCGAUCAAACCUAUGAACGGAAAGGCUGA